UUGCGCGUUGUGGGUAUAUCGGUUCCGAGUCUGAAACAAAAAGGUGAAUCUGCAACUCUUACAUGUGAUUAUGAUCUCGAAGGAGGGAAAUUAUAUUCUGUGAAGUGGUAUCGGGAUAAUGAAGAAUUUUACCGAUACAUGCCCAAAUUACGACCACCUCAACACGCACACAGGCUAGAAGGUGUCAAAGUUGAUUUGGAGAAGUCGUCCACACGUCGGGUACACUUGCGGGACCUAACACUGAAGUCAAGAGGACUUUAUAGAUGCGAGGUGUCUGAAGAAGCACCUUCUUUCCACUCGGCUCAGUCUGAGACGUUUAUGGAGGUUUAUUAUUUCCCACGAGAGAGCCCACGUAUAGUCGGUUAUGAGCGACCUUAUGAACUAUUAGAACCGCUUGAUGUUAACUGCUCUUCAGCUAAGGCGUUCCCGGCCCCUGAACUACAAUGGCACAUUAAUGGAGAAAAGGUCACGGAGAGUUCCUGGUUAACAAGUUUAGAAAGCAAGCAAGCUUCACAAGGCUUAAUGAUAUCGACUCUCGGGUUGCGAGCUCCCGCCACACAACAUAUGAAAAUCCGCUGUGUUGCCAUCAUUGGAGCCCAUCGGCGGGAACGAACUGUCACAAUAGGUAACCUAAUAAGUAUAUUCUGA